UAGUGCACAUUUAGAGUGCAUGAAGAUAGGCAUGCAGUCUGGAUUUGCUCAUCAGACAAAGGAAUUACAGGACAUUCCUGUUAGAGAGCGGGUUAUCUGCCUGUCGGAUUCUUUGUAAGGAAUACAGCUCAGUGUUUUUUAGAGUCUGUACGGGGAAACCUCCACACUCUUUGUAUAUGGCAAAGUUUCUUGCAGAGCUUCUGGGCUGCACAUUUCCAGGGAAGGGCCCCUCUCCUAUGUUUGAGUCCAGAAGUCAACCUCACAUAGGCUUGAAGCAAACCUCCAAACACCGGCCCACAAUCUUUGGCACAUUGACUCAGGAGAAACUGUCAUCGGACCAUAAAAGGGAAAGUAUGCCACAAACGCCAGCCUUUGCGGCUAUGUUAAACACCAACGGUUAUAACCGAAACGUGUACCAAACCAAGGAGGACAGCUAUGCGGGCCUGUAUUACCAUGACAACAGCCUUGUGUCAGGGUCCUUGGAGGCUCUUAUUCAGCAUCUAGUCCCCAGUGUUGAUUACUAUCCUGACAGAACAUAUAUAUUUACCUUCUUGCUCAGCUCUCGGCUUUUCAUUCACCCCUCUGAGCUAAUGGCCAAGGUCUGCCAGUUGUGUGUUGAGCAGCAGAGAUUAAAUGAACCAGGGACAGACAAGGGCAGAUUAAGAAAAAUUGCCCCCAAAAUCCUGCAGCUGCUGACCGAAUGGACGGAAACAUUUCCCUAUGACUUCAGAGACGAGAAGAUGAUGCGGAGCCUGAAGGAACUGAUGCACAAGAUAGCCAGCGGUGAUGAGAUUCACCGUAAGACUGUUCAGCAGUUGACACAGAGUCUGAUAAGGAAGCUGACCACGCUUAGCCAAUACGAAGAGGUCUUGGUAAAAAUAAAUACCACUGUCACAGACAGGCUUACUGUUCUAAAGACAAAGCCCCAGUCCAUACAGAGGGACAUUGUGACGAUAUGCAAUGACCCGUACACCUUAGCACAGCAGCUCACCCACAUAGAACUGGAGAGACUCAGUUAUAUUGGACCUGAAGAAUUUGUCCAGGCAUUUGUGCACAAAGACCCCCUGGACAAUGGCAAGAGUUGCUUUAGCGAUCACAAGAAGACAAGUAACCUGGAAGCAUACGUGGCGUGGUUUAACAGACUCAGCUACCUGGUGGCGACAGAAAUCUGUAUGCCCGUAAAGAAGAAACACAGGGCGCGAGUCAUUGAGUAUUUCAUCGAUGUUGCACGGGAGUGCUUCAAUAUCGGCAACUUCAACUCUUUGAUGGCCAUUAUAUCUGGCAUGAACAUGAGCCCUGUCUCCCGGCUCAAGAAAACCUGGGCCAAAGUAAAAACAGCCAAGUUUGAUAUCCUAGAGCAUCAGAUGGAUCCUUCAAGUAAUUUCUACAACUACAGAACAGCACUGCGAGGUGCGACCCAGAGGUCUUUGACGGCUCACAGCAGCAGAGAGAAGAUUGUGAUACCUUUCUUCAGUUUAUUAAUCAAAGACAUUUACUUCUUAAAUGAGAGAUGUGCCAAUCAACUCCCCACUGGGCAUGUCAACUUUGAAAAAUUCUGGGAGCUGGCAAAGCAGGUCAGUGAGUUUAUGACAUGGAAAGAGGUUGAGUGUCCCUUCGAGAAGGAUCGUAAAAUCCUCCAGUAUCUUCUGACAGCACCAGUCUUCAGUGAAGAUGCACUUUACUUGGCCUCUUAUGAGAGCGAGGGCCCUGAGAACCACAUCGAGAAGGACAGAUGGAAGUCUCUAAGGUCUUCUCUACUAAGUAGAGUAUAAGAUGGUGAAAACAGACAAGACAACCUGGACCAUUGCAUGACAAGUUUUGCAGCUGUUGAGUGAUGGGGUCCAAGUAACGCUAUAACACAUCAUGUCAAGAUCGAGGAACUCUCAAACAAGUAGAAUGACAAUCUCUACUCUGCUGACAAGGAUUUUGGUUUUCACCGAUAGCAACAAUGGUGUAAUUCUAAAAACAAAUGACAGUUUGAGGGCUUGCGGUCCUGUCUGAAUUGUUGGUCACAGCAUUCCAGGACACUUUUUUUUUGGGUUGUUUUUGUUUUUCCUUUUUGCAGCCUUGUUUUUUUAUGUAAUUGUCUUCGAGAUGAAGAAGUGGGCAUUGUUGCCUGUAGUUUACAGACUGCAAGACAGCUGUAUCGACUGAGGAAUCUUCAGGAAUAACCCACUGAGCUGGCAAUGGGGUCAAGCCAUUCAGUAUUAAGGGGCAGGACUCAGUGGCUGCUAAUUUGUGUGCUGGAUUGUCAUUUUUUUUUUUUUUUUUUAAUUAAUUAUCUAAGAGUUGGCUGCUGGUUGGCUUACUGAGUAUUGAGUAUUUGUAAUAUGUUGCUUUGAAACAAACAGUGGUUGUACUGUUACAAAGAAGCAUUAUGUGGGAUUUACUGGAAUGUAAUUUGUUUGUUUAAUUUUAAACUAAUAAAGGUUAUCUAUGUAAUGUUUAGAUUUGGUUUUUAUAUGUUUUUGUACUUGUAAAUACUAUUUGGAAUAUUGUUUAUCAUACUUUAACCACAAUUUUGGAUAAAACAUUUUACAAAAUGUAUGGACAAUGCACAGAGUGCAUUAAAAGAAAAGACUGCAAUGUUGUUUUUGUGGCUGUAUAAAGUAUACCUUUGUAAUACUUCAUGCACUAAACACAGAUGCUUUGUAUCUCCAGUAACACUAAAGCAUAAAACACAAAGAUAAACAGACUGCAAAUGUGAAGAUACUAUAACCACACACGUUCCUAAUUGUCAGUGCUAUUAUGGCAGUGCAAUACACCACCUUAUUGUACAAAUAUUGACUUGAAGUAGCUCCAAGUACUUACAUAAGAUUAACCACUCUUUGUAUGUGUAUAAGUGGAAACCUGCCUGAAUAACAAAGCUCUCAGCUGUGUUAUAAAAACAAAAUGAGGAAAUAAAUUAUCCUUGUGGUUAGAGCUGGGGACUGAAAGGAAAUAAAUCCCAGUUUUUAAACCCAGCUCAGCCUGCUGACCGUACAUUGAGUAACCGAAAGGACUCCACUGUAUGAAUGAGACGUGGCAUCUUUGGUCACAUCAUUUUUACACCAGCAGGCUUUAACUUCUGCUUCCAGGUUCAGAAGACGGCCUUGUAAGAUUCUGAUGGAUGGUUUUUUUCUUAAUAAUGCUAUUUAAGUAUAAUACCCCAGCGGUCCUGUGUGCUAUUCUAUGUUUGGAUAUUACUUACCAGGGUGUGUUUUUUGUAUUAAACAUUUGAGUUUGUACUAGGUACAACAUGUUUAAGUAAUCUAUUGCCCAAUGAAAGGUUUUAACAACAGUUUGUAAUUGACAUCUAUUUUCAAGAUACUUGAAUUGAAGUAAUAUUUCUUGACUGAUGUGUGACUCUUGUAAUUCCUUUUCUUAAAAAAAGAUGAAAUGAUAAUAUUGUGGUUUACUGUGUAAAUAAUGUAUACUUCUUUCUGUGCACAAUGUUAUGUAUUUUACCUGUUCAGACGGCUUGGAAGAAGCGUUUAUAAUUUAUGUAGCUGCAAAAGACUUUGUCAAUAAAAAGUGAAGAAUGUUGUUGAA